UUACCUGGUUGAUUUGUCAGAAGUGGCUCUGCAAACGCAUACCUACCAGUUUAACAACACUAACAUAAAAGAGGAUAGCGACUGGCCCUCAUUCAGUCAGGCUUCGAGUCUCUCCACGAACCGACGCGACGUAGCGCGCUGCUUGCGACGACACACACCACUCGAAAUUCUGUUUAAAACUCCUGUUAUUUUAAAUUAGUGACUAUAUGCCUACUUCUAUUCAGGCAAACCGCAAGUAGGCAACCAGACAACAACUAGUUUCUAAAUACCAUUUGUGUUUGCCGUAAGGAUUUCACGGACGAUCCAACAUGUUAAGAAUAGUAGCCCUCGGGUUGCUUGUAAUUUCGACGGUGACUGCUCAAUGCUUCUAUAAAGAUGAUUCAGCUAAGAAGCUGGACCCUGAGGCCCGCACAUCGCUCUAUAGAGGCCAAUUAGAGUUCACCCUAAAUUUGUUUAACUCCAUUAAUGAUGCGUAUCCCACAGACAACAUAUUUUUUUCGCCGUUCUCAGUGUACCACUCUUUACUGCUGGCUUACUUUUCUGCUGGGGGCCAGACGGAAGCAUCUCUGAAGGAGUCACUACAGAUAGCGAAAUCUUUGGAUAAAAUCAAUUUGAUAACAGCAUACAAGGUAGACCGGCGGUCCCGCUUGACGAACAACAACAGCGCCAGCUACGAGUUCAACAGCGCCAACAAAAUGUUCGUCGACGAAACGCUUGACGUCAGGCAGUGCUUGCUCGACAUCUUCGAGGACGAACUAGAGAGACUUAAUUUCCACGAGACGCCCUCAGAAGCACGCGAGCACAUUAACAAGUGGGUGGCCGCGGUGACUAAGAACCACAUCCAGACGUUGAUCCCCGAGGACGGCAUCACGCACACUACCAAGCUGGUGCUCGCCAACGCUGCCUACUUCAAAGGCGUCUGGGCCUCUAAAUUCCCCGCUGAAAGGACAAAGAAAGAGGCAUUCUUUGUUUCCGAAACUCGUCAAACGCUGGUGCCGUUUAUGAAGCAGAAAGGCACUUUCCAUUUCAUGGUGAGCGAAGACCUCGGCGCGCAGAUUCUGGAGCUGCCCUAUAAAGGCAACGACAUCAGCAUGUACAUCCUCCUGCCGCCCUACUCUAUGAAGGAAGGCGUGAAGAACAUCAUAGCCAACCUGACGCCCGAGCGACUGGCCGCCGUGGUAGAGGAAAGCUACAUGGGCCGCGAGGUGAUCGUCGAGAUCCCCAAAUUCACCGUUGAGAAGAGCCUGCCCCUGAGGCCUAUCUUGCAGACUCUGGGAGUUGGCGACUUGUUCAACAGUACCUCCGACUUCACGACGCUGACAGACGACCAUGUCAGCUUCGACGACGCCAUCCACAAGGCCAAGAUCCAAAUCGAUGAAGAAGGAACCGUGGCUGCAGCAGCAACGGCCAUCUUCGGGUUCCGGUCAUCGCGGCCCGCGGAGCCCACCCGCUUCGUGGCCAACUUCCCCUUCGUGUACCUCGUGUACGAGCGCCCCACCAACUCCAUCCUCUUCAUGGGCGUCUACAGGGACCCUAAGAAGUAAACAACACACUUGGUACAAAAGUUGUGUUAAUUUUUGCGUUUUUAGACCUAUAAAUGUAACUAUUUAAUUUGUAUACUCAAUGAGCUCGUGCUGUAGAUAUGCAUGGUGUUUGUCCAACCCCUUGCCAUUGAACUAACCAUGAUAUUGUGAAAUAAAUGCAUGUUCCAUAGUAAACUUCGAGGUCUAUUUAGCCGACAUUCGUUUGCAAUUUUUUUGCGAGUAUUGGGUUGGUUCAUAGUGAAAGUCGUUUUAUGAUCUACCUUUCAAGGCCAGGCGUUGGAAAAACGAACUGUAUAUUUUUAGCAGCAUACUGUACUGUUUAUCACCACCAUAAUAGAUAUAAUCUCUCUUUCUAGUAAGUAUAUCGGAGAAAUACGAUAUGUAUAUCCAGGACAUAAAGUAAUAAACAGUGUAGUAGGUACUCCUAGUGCUGAUAAAACUUCUGCGUCUAGACUAGACUUAGGCAUCAUAAUAACACGAUUUCCACUACGUUGUCAGGAAUUUGCAAUUAGAUCAGUGAUCACAAAAUAUCACGUAGGUAUGUAUCUUCCAUAUUAGCUACCUACACCUGCAUUAAAAUUGUUUUUCACAGUAUGAAAAUAUUCUCCCUAGUACCAUUAACGGGUUAAUUGUAGUUUAAAAUAACCGCAACGUCGCACGCGUGCACGUAGCGGGCGCACGCGCGCGUCAAAUUGCAGGUAGACUCCGCCGCACGCGGCACGCGCCCGCAUCAGUCAGCGGCGCUCAUACUAUACUCGCCCUCAACCAAAGUGACGACUGAGGCCAUAAAACUCGAGGCAGUGGUAAUAAAGCUCGGCGGUCGUAGUGAUGGCAAUGUGUCGAUUACGAAGUGUUUUAAACGUCGAUGUAAUUCUAUUCUGCACAAGAAAUGUACCUAUUCAUUCACUCAACUUAUCGACAAUAUCGACAUUCCUUUAUGUGGGUUACCUGUGGGGUACCUGCACUAAUGGUCUCAGCUCGCUCCAUGCAAUACAAUGGAAAACUGAUAACGCGAGCUCAAGGGUUUUAUUGCCCUAGUCGUCAUUUUAGGGCGAGUAUACCUAUUUUAUUAACCCGCUCGCCCGCUCCGUGCACACGCGCCACGUUGUGACGCCCUAAAUAUAAUAUGUUAUACAAUUUUAGUGGUCUGAUUGAAUUAAAAUUUGAUAAACUCAUGUAGUUUCUAGGUUAAUACAUUAAUGAAUAAUAAUAUAUAUACCAUGUAAUAUCCCUUACUUGAAAGAGAUUUUCAAUGAGAACAUUUUCAUUCAAAUUUAAUAAUCAGGAUUGGAUUUAGUUGAUAGUCGAUUUUUUAGUUUCAUUAAGUUAAGUUUUAGUUUCAUCGGGAACGAUUUAUUCCUUAAUAAAUUGUUUGAUUUAACUUUAUUUCGAUUUAAUCAGGGAUGAUUGAAUCAUGAGGGUUUAUAGUUGAAUCAACUAUUUUAAUAGUGCACUCACGUGCACAACUCCGACUACGAAGUAGGUAAUACUCACCUAGCGCUGUGACACUUUUGUAUGUUGUACAUACCUAUCUGGAACUUGUCUGUACUGGAAGAUCAGAAGUUAAAACUACUUACAAGUUUAUAAGCCUACAGAGCGAGACAAGAAGAAAAGAUUUUAUAUCCGAGAAUAUAGCCACGAUUUUAAGCUACAGCUCCGUGAGACACAACCCAUAUCCUAAUUUCUACAAAAUUUGUAGUGACCUCUAAUUCUCGUCAUUUAAUUUAAACGAAUAAACUCAUUUCUUACUUGUAUUAGGUAUGUAACUAAUAAUAUAGGUAGUGUUAAGAUUUAUUAUGUACGAGCAUAUCAUUAUUUGUAAUGAGUAAGAAUUCAGGUGAGACGUAGGUUUAAUGUAAAAAUAAUUUAUUGGAAAUUAAUUGAA